AAAACUUUGCUUUGCCUGUAAUAAAAGAAUUGAUUUAUAUAAAAAAUCUGAUGUAAAUCAAGUAAAUAGAUUUUUUAUUUUAUUUGUUUUAAAUCAUGAUUUUAUUCAACUCUUGUACAAAUAUGUUUUGUUACUUUUGUUAUGUUAGUUUUAAUUGCAAUGUUGCUUUCAAGGGACAAGAAUGUACAGCAAGAACUUGCAGAACUCAGACAGAAGUGAAUUACUGGAUCUGGACACCUGAGUAGGUAAAGAAGCACAGCUGCACAAGCAAAGAAGAAACACUACUACCAUGAAUGCCCAAGACUUGUAUGACAAUGUGCUGCAGGGAAGAGAGUCCCAAGAGUGACACCACCAUUGAUGAGAAACCCGAGGACAACCUCUGGCUACAACUGGGCUUUACUGUGGACUCUGAGACAGGUGAGCAUUUACUGUCUCCUGAGAAAAACAUCAGCAGAGGAGACGUGACCCUUGACUCUGUGUCUCCUCUCAACUCUCCAUCCUUCACCCUCAAUGAGACAGUACCAGACUUCAAUCUUGACUUCAACCUUGAUGAAGCCUUGAAAUUUGUUGGACUGAACUGUUCUGAGACUGGGGAAACUGUCUGGAAGCCCUCAGAGCCUGAACCCACCUCUGACAAUAAGGAAAGCCCUGGUAAGGAGGAGGAGGACAGCUUAGACACCUUGAACGACACCCUGGACGAUAUGAUCCAGACCUCCCAGCUUCAUCCUCAACACCUGUGCUCACUACAGAGAAUGGUGACGAUGAAUGAAAUGACCAGAAGGACAUACAGGAAUAAAACAAAUGGUACAAGAUAAUGAUCUGCUGUGGUGCAAGUGGAUGAUCAAUCAGGUGUGCUGAAAACUAGACAGGUUUAUAUUUUGUUUUCUGUCUUAAGUAUUUAGUAAUUUGAUGUUUUACUUUUCUGAACCUUAUUCUGUAGACCUUUGUUGUGGUAAACGAUUUAUUAUUAAUGUCCAUAUGUUGAAGAACACUUCUUUUCUUGAUAAUCACCUAUGAUGUGACCACAAACAAAAUUCCUUCUUUCUGAUCUGUCCACUGUAAGUCCCUUGACAUUGACACUCAACAUUCACACUUGACAUUCACACACUCAGUCUCAGGUAGUAAUUUUGCCAUACCAGCAUCAAAAGUGAAUUAAUAUUGAUCACUAGAUAGAUAACACACACAAUAGCAGUAGUGGAGCAUAGUGUGAUGAGGAUGUCAAGGAACGGCGUGGCAUUAACCAGUGACUUACAGUGGCACAGAAACACAACCUCCUUGGCGGUGCGGGAUGUGGAGUGAUCGAGUCAGACAGACGGGAGUGGUGUGCUGUCAUCGUUCAGUCUGC